AUGGCAAAUAAUUCAUUCGCACUUAAUGAUUCGCUGGUAAUUACACUGCGACAUGAUGAGAAUGGAAAUCUAAUGGAAAUACCAACACAUAACGACGAAAGCGAACCACUGUCAAAUGAAUUUCAGACGGAUGAAGCACGUAUAUAUUUCUUACCAGAAUCAUCACAUAUAGGAACUCGCCAUGUUAUUAAACAGCAUCUGAUAUCGAAAUUCGAAGGUGAAAUUCCAAGUUAUUUGACGAUUAUUGAUGCCUUUUUUGAAAAAUUAAUUGCGAACCAACGACUAACGCCUAUGGAUUUUUCUCACAUGGCUGUCUUGCAACAGAUGGUUGUGUUAAUUCAUCGAACAAUCGUUGUCUCUUAUGAGAAAUCAAUCUGGCUCGCAUAUUUAGGCUGUGGUUUGGGCACUCUACGAUCGGAUACGACGGGCAACUGUCCAAAAUAUUGGCCAAAAAUGUUUCAAACGAGUAUCGAAUCAAUAAAUGGUUUGCAUCCAUCUCGAACGAUCUCAUGUCACGAGAUUCGUCUUAAUCUAGUGUUGACUUAUUUGGAAGAAUUAGAUAGCAGAAAUAGGCAAUAUUUGGAAAAUAUACUUGAAAUAAGUAAAUGUAUACCAGAUUAUGAUCAAACCAUCGAAACAUCUAUUCGGACCUUCAUUCAACAGCAAUUGCAUUCGUUACGCAUUGAAACUGAAAACAAAAUAACAUCUAUUCGCCAUGAAUAUGAGUAUCAUCGGUUGCAAUCAGUUCUCAUUGAAGAGAAAUUAGGGAGCGAUCAAAUUCGACAAAUCAUUCGCCUAUGUGAUUACAAAUAUAAAUUCGAAGAAACGAAAAAAGAAUUGAUGUUCUUAACAUGCUACAUGUCAAGACGAAAACAAUUAAUGACACGAACAAGCAUCCUAGACACUAUGCUUUUAUCAAUUCACAUUAAAAGUCUCCACAAAAAGUCUGUUCGUCAACAAUUUUUCAAGCAAACUACCAAGAUGCUUUCACAAUGCCAAAAUAGAAUGAAUAAGUUGGCAUUACGUUUGCUCAAAGCCGAUAUGGCGAAAACGCAUAAAUUAUUUAAUGCCACAGUAGCCAAUUUACGACAGAGCCAACAUGGCCUACCAUCUUGCCGACAAUUCAAUGACACAGUUAUUAAUACCAUAGAGCUACUCUUUGCAAAUGUAACGGACAGAGUUGAAUGUGUUUAUCAACGCAAAAUACGUCAAUUAUGCGCAGCAUCCCGUCGAAAUCAAUUGAAAUAA